GGGAGAGCUAGGACCUAGAAAGAUCUGGGGUGGAUGGGCGUGCACUGGAGACCCUGGAGGCCUCAGCCACCAUCCGGAUGCUGGUGCUGUCUGCCCCCUGUCCCCAGUCCCCAACGCUGCCCUCCGCUGAGGCCAUGGAGGACCCUCCGCCUCGGACAGGCGGGUCCCCAGAACCUGGACCUUCCUCCUCCACAGGAUCUCCCCAGGCCUCGUCUCCUCCGAGGCCCAACCACUACCUGCUCAUUGACACCCAGGGCAUCCCGUACACCGUGCUGGUGGACGAGGAGGUUCAGAGGCAGCCUGGGACUAAUGGGGCUUCGGCUCAGAAAAAGUACUACAGCUGCCCAGUGUGUUCCCGGGUCUUUGAGUACAUGUCUUACCUGCAGCGACACAGUAUCACCCACUCGGAGGUGAAGCCCUUCGAGUGCGACACCUGCGGGAAGGCAUUCAAGCGGGCCAGCCAUUUGGCACGGCACCACUCCAUUCACCGGGCUGGCGGCGGGCGGCCCCAUGGCUGCCCGCUCUGCCCUCGCCGAUUCCGAGAGGCGGGUGAGCUGGCCCAGCACAGCCGGGUUCACUCCGGGGAGCGCCCGUUUCAGUGCCCGCACUGCCCACGCCGAUUUAUGGAGCAGAACACGCUGCAGAAGCACACCCGAUGGAAGCAUCCAUGAGCUGGCU